AUGCAACGCGUCCGCAGGCUCUCCGGGGCCUUCCUCCACGCAGUCGGCAAUGUAUUCUCCGAACCUCAUCCCCUUACCGAUGUCUCCCUUAGUCCCGCCCAAGCGGACGCUCUCAUCAAAUACCAACGUCAUCUCCCACAUCCCAUGUAUCUUGGCGAGCGGGCAUUUUUCGUAACCGAAAUUGUCGAUACCGAAACCUCGAGUGUUGAAGUUCAAAAAGCUCUCAUUGAACACGAUAUCAUUCUAGAAGCACCCGCUACUUCUGCACCGGGUCUACUGGCUCCCAGAUAUAGCAUGGAAGAUGAAAUUCCUGUCAAAACAGCAGCUAUUACUAAGAAUUUUCCUCAGCAACUUGCUGCUACGGAUCUUUCGUUAAGUAGUCAGAAAUUAGUGGUGGCGCUUUUGUGUUUUUGGUUGGAGGAAUGGAAGAGGUGGUCUCGAUUGGAGAGGGAAGAGAGAGAUCUUACGGAACAGAUUGAAGUUGCUAGACGCGUGGAUAAUACAAGGGCGAUUGGAUUUUUUUCUCCACAAUUGGUUAAAGUGCAGAGGAAGAAGAGAUUGUUGUGGAGUGAACGAGAGGAAAAUAGGGAAAUAGUGGGAAGUUCGACUAGUAAUGUAGGAUUAUCGGGUUCGAGUGGAAUUAGAGAUCGUGGGGAGAAUCUUGUGUCUGAUGCUGCCAGUGAGCAGUUGCCGAGUUAUGGCGAUUCGACUAAUUCCAUUCAGAUUGCUACUGGGGGUGCAGCGAGGGUGAAUAGUGGUGGCGUGGAUGAGUUGCCUGGUUAUGAGGAUUGGACUUCCGAACGUGGUGUUGGUGUUAAUGAUGGUGGUGUUGUUAAUAAUGAUGGUGUUGAGCAGUCUCAUGAGGAUAUUGCGAUUGAGGAGUCGCAAUCGCGGGGUAGUAAUGAUGGUAAUAAAUUACCGAGUUAG